CGGAGCCGUCGGUGCCGUCCCGUCCCGUCCCGUCCCGUCCCGUCCCGUCGCGUCGCUCCGCGCCCGGGCUCGGCGCUGCGCCGCGCACCGCCAUGGGCCAGCGGCGCCCGGUCGCCUUCUGCUGCAGCACCCGCGCGGCGCUCGACCCUCUGCGAUGAAUGGGCCGGCGCGGCCGGCCGGCCCCCCCGCGCGCCCCCGGGGCUGGAGCGAGUUCUGCGAGCUGCACGCCAUCAGCACCGCCAAGGAGCUGGCCCGGCACUACCUGCGCUUCGCCACCGAGCACCCGCACCACGACCCGCUGGCCGCCGAGCGCUUCUCCGUCCACUUCACCGACCUCUUCCAGCGGUACUUCUGCCACGAGGUGCAGGGGGGCGCCGGGGGGGGCCAGCUCCGCGUGCCGCCCGCCGGCCCCGCGCCCGACUACCGCGAGACGCCGCGGCGGCCCCCCGGCCCCGGCCCCGGCCCCGGCCCCGGCGCGGGGGCCAAGGGCGAGGCGGAGCGGGACGGCCGCCCCGAGCAGCGCCCCGGCGCCCUGCCCAAGGCCUGGAGCUCGGAGGAGCUGGCCGCCUCGGCCCGCCGGCCCUUCUCCCUGGGGCAGCUGCGGCGGAGCUGGCGCGGCCUCUUCCGCCGGCGCGGCUCCGAGACGCUCGCCGAGCGGCCGCCGCUCCGGCCGGGCCCCGGCAAGCGGGCGCCGCCGGCCGCCGUGCGCAAGGAGGGGCCGCUCAGGUACGGGCUGCUGGACGAGAGCUGCCUGGACGGCGGGACGCGCUGGCAGCGCUGCCGGCUGCUGCUGCGCCCGGCCGGGCCCCCCCCGGCCGCCGACUACGUCCUGGAGCUCUUCGACCCGCCCAAGGCCUCCAAGCCGAAGCUGCAGGCCGCCUGCUCGGCCGUGCGGGAGGUGCGGUGCUGCACGCGCCUCGAGAUGCCCGACAACCUCCACACCUUCGUCCUCAAGGUGCACGAUGCCACCGACGUGCUCUUCGAGGCCGGGGACGAGCAGCAGCUCAGCGCCUGGACGGCCGCGAUCCGCGAGUGCGUCCGCCGCGGGUCCGACGCCGGCGACCCGGAGCUCCUCACCGGCCCCGCCGCCGCCGCCGCCAGCACCGACUCGUUCAGCCAAGGGGCACCGCGGGGCGGCACGGAGCCGGCGGGCGCCCGGCCGGAGCCGCCGCUGGCCGCCUUCCCCUGGUUCCACGGGCCCAUCUCCCGCGUGCGGGCGGCCCAGCUGGUGCAGCUGGGCGGCCCCCGGGGCCACGGCGUCUUCCUGGUGCGGCAGAGCGAGACGCGCCGCGGCGAGUACGUGCUCACCUUCAACUUCCAGGGCAGAGCCAAGCACCUGCGGCUGUCGCUGACGGAGCGGGGCCAGUGCCGCGUGCAGCACCUGCGCUUCGCCUCCGUGGUGGAGAUGCUGCACCACUUCCAACGGUAUCCCAUCCCCCUGGAGUGCGGCGCCGCCUGCGACGUCCGCCUCGCCGGCUACGUCGUCGUCGUGCCCCCGGCGCCAGCUCCCGGCACCGGCACCGCGCUGCCUCUCCCGCCGCCCGGCCCCCGCGAGCCGCCCCCGGAGCAGCUCUUCCACCUGGCACCACUGCCGGCAGAGCCGGAGCCCCCCGGCACCCACCCCCGCGAGCCGGAGGCCGAGGCCGAGGGCCCGGGCCGGGGCCGCGUCCGCGCCGUCGACAACCAGUACACGCCGCUCUGACCUCCUGGGUACCCAGGAGAGGCCAAGAAAAAGACUGUAACCACGUUCUUCCUUCUGGUUAGGGAUUUCUUAAUUUUUUUUUUUUUGCAAGGAAGGGGGUAAUUUUUCACUCCAGUACGGGUGCGCCUCCUCUAUUCGGCCUGUUAAAGGGCCUUUUUUAUUUUUAUUUUUUUGGUAUUAUCAAGCGUUCUCGUCACUGUUUACACGCGCCGUGCCGCAGCGGCGGCUCCCGCCCGUCCUCGCCGCGACAGAGCCCAGCAAAGGGACCGGGGUCGUGCGCCACAGCCGCAUCGCUGGGAGGGGGAAGAAAAAAAAGGAAAACCACCCCAAAAAAGUGGAUUACAAAUUCCUGGAGAAGUCGCUGCCGGGGAGUCGCUCCCUCCCGCCCCGCGGACGCGCUGCCGGCGAACGCAGACCCGCCGGAGCUGAGCUCUCGGGUCGUACAGAGAUGACAUUCGCUAUGAGAGUUUGGUCUUUAUUUUUAGAUAAGGAGAAAACUGGCUUUUCUUGCUUUUUUUCUAAGAAAACCUAGCACGGCCGCAGUCCCUCCCUCGGCCCGCGGCAGGAGUGCCCUCGUCUGCCGGCGCGGCCGGGCCGGCGGUGAACACUAACCUCUCCGUCGCUAACGGCGCAAGGAGCUGAGGACGGGCGCGAAGACUGACAGCUCGUCACAGCAGAAAAUUCAUCCUGGUGAUGGAAGUUCUAUAUAUAUAUAUAUAUAUUUUUUUAAAGGCACAAGUCUAAACUGAGUUUUUUCCUGCAAAAAUUGUGGGUUUUUUUUUUUUUUUUUUUCAAACCUUGAGAUGAUUCUUGCAGCACAGGCGUCCGCCCGCCCCAGCUCUCCCUUUUUCUAAGCGCUGUGUAACUAAUGCCAAGGGUCUGGGGGUAUUUAAAGCUAUGCAAAAGGCUGCGGGGGACGGGGGGGGUCCCUGCUCCUGCGGGAGGGCUCAGGAAAAAAACCACUUGUUGCUUUGCUGAACCCCCCCCAAAACCAGCCGCCCCCCCCCCCAUGCACGCAGCGGUGCUGCCGGGGGCUCCGUCUUCUCGUGCCUUCCUCGGGCGAGGGUUAUGGUUUGGCCUUUUUCGGCCGUAAUCAGCAGCGCGGGCGGCUCUCGGAGGGACAUUGGUUGUAUGCACAGCCCGGCGCAGAGCUCACGCGAGCCGCAGGGCCGUAAAUUAAGCUGCUGCCGAUGUGUUCAGGUUCACGGGGGGGGAAAAGUGCUGCCCCGGCGGCAAGUGCCCAGCGCGGCGGAGGAGCCGCUUCUGAGAAUCCGGUGUUAUUUUAAGAAUAAGGAAGGGCUGGAGCUGUUGCAACACGAGGGGAUGUUGGCAGCGCGACUUCCAGCUUUCCCAGCGGGGCUGGGAGCCGCGUUGCUGCAGAGCCGCCAGCCCCCGGAGCAGCCGCAGCUGGGGACAGCUUGGCAGACGAACAAAAAGCCUCGGGGGGCCAAGUUCAGAGUUUUGGAAAGGGGAGGAGGAAAAAAAAGAGAAAAAAAAAAGAAAAAAACCCAACUCAAACCAGCGCCAGCCCAUCGGCCGCUGCGUGGAGUUCAGCCGCUAGCACGGGGCUGCGCUCGCUCACGGGGUGGUUUGCACCCCGCUGGCAUCUCCAGGGGAUGUGAGCAGACCUUUUUUUUUAAAAAAAAAAACAAAAAACAACACCCCCCCCCCCCCCAAAACCCUCUGGUCUCGUGUGCCUUGUGCAUUGCACUGUGCAAAAUCCCCCCCCCCCCCUUAAAAUGUCUCUUGGAGCCCUGAACACGGGCAGCACUCCUGGCACCAGCAAAGUGCUCAGUGCACCACGUACGCUAGCAAACAGCGAGUCUUGAAACUGGAGGGUUUUUUUGUUUUGGGUUUUUUUUUGUUUUUUUUAAGAGAAGCCUGACCUGGACAGUGUCACUUCAAGGGCUGCCCUAUGCAGAGAGGCUGCAGGAGGAACAAAGUUGCCCCCCCCCCAAACCCAGAACAGAGGCUGCAGGCAGGAGCAGGGUCCUUUGCACCACAAAAAGAAAAAAAAAAAAAAAAAAGAAAAAAAAAGAAGGCAGGUGCAGCCAGGGCUGGUUUCUGCCAAGCCGGGCCGUUCCCUUCGUUCCUGACGGAUGAGGCCCCAGGGUCUCGCCCUGCCAGACAGCCGGCGCGGGGACGGGGAGGACGCACGGGACAAGUCAUCGGCCCUGCACCGUGGUGGGAUUCAGGGCCCUUCUCCCUUGGUGCUGGGGGAGCGCGACGCCAGCAGCACACACAGCCCAUUUCUAACCUGCAGUUUAAUUGCAAGGGGUUCCUCCAUAGUUUCAGUGGAAAUUGCGGUGCUUGAUGAGCAAAAUAUACACGGGGUUCGUUAUCCCCCCGUUCCCCCGUGCAACCGAGCUGCAGCGGCUGCAAACUGCCAGGGAGCAGUGGGAAAGUCGCUCUAAUUAUUUCAUUAAAUUGUCACCUCCUUCUCAGCCCUUGCUGCAAAAUUAGCCAGGGCGCUGAGUCAGAUUGCUCCUCGAAAGCAUCUGGCUGCGGUGCAGCGUGGAGGCUGCCGUGCGCUCCCACCUUUUCCGAGCACACGGACGGCAGCGGCAGGCGAAGGCCACGGAGCCAGCAGAGCAUGAGCCAGCGGAAAGAAUUUUUACAUUCUUCUGGCUCCUUAAAGAAAUAAAAUGAUUGAGCUUGGGACUUGGUAGAUUCAGUUCUCUGGCCCACACGUGCUUUUGCCUGCAUUUAUGAAAUACUCAGGAUAGCUGCUUCCCAGGGAAGCAAGCCUGGUCUUAGACUGACUCAGGGCAGUCGCUUUGGAUGAUGAAGAUGUAAGACAACAGGCAGGGCCCUCCCUGUCCAGCACAUCACACCAGGAACCUGGUUAGCAGGUAACCCAAGACUUGCUAAAGCUUUAGUCCAGGUCCAGACAAAACUUCCCUCACUCAACUCCAUCUCUAGGAAACUCCAUCAUUAGGAAAGUACUCGUUUGCUGACAAACUGUGGCUCUUGCAUGUCCCUUGCGGUGGACAGGCUCCGAAGACGUUUGUGACAUGAGUGUGAAGCAUUAUUUAAUGCCUUCGCCCUUUCCACCGGCUGCAUCGUUCCAGCCCAGUGGAAGGGGAAGGGUAUUUCGGAGCAGGUCACCGAAACACUGACACUGUCACCUCAUGGCUUGUUUUUGCUUCACGCUACUUCCCAGCAAAUCACGGAGGAAGAGGUCCAGGGAGAAGCCAAAGCCAAAACCAUGAGAAAAUGACGGCAGCCCAGCCUGAGCCAAAGCGAGACAAAGGCGGUUUGUUUGAAGCACCCCCUUCCAUGCACCAGCACAGCUGUAAAGGAUCUGGGCAGCGGCUUUUUGUUUCUCCUAUUCUUUGGACCCUGGAACACAGCUGUCAUACAACCAAUGCAGUUUUACCUUAACAAGCACAUAAAGCCUUGAAAUCUUGACUAACAGGUUUGAACACAGUAUUCCAAAAUUUAAUUUAAGCUAGUUCUAUCUGAACAGACCAUAACCUUCACCAACCACCACCAGAGGUGGGGGAGUCGACUGUGCAUCUCUAACUCAGUCUUUUACAGGAGGAUUAAAGCCAACAAGAGUUUGUUGGAGUAAGAGCAUGUUCGUUUGAAAAUUCUACUUUUCACCUGCACAGAAAAGUUGUUCUUGUAUAGUAGUUUUCUAUAUAUUGUUUCUGUAUGUACUGUACAAGUAACUUAUUCUUGAAUAAUGCAGUUUUACCAUAAUAUAAAAAAAAAAAUCUGCUCUUAAUAAACUGUUUCUAGAAUUUGUUUCUCA